GCUGGAGCCACGGCAAUGAAUGGGCACGCUCUGCCAGCGGGCACGCCAGCGCAUCCCCGGGGCUGGCAUGAGUUCUGUGAGCUGCAUGCUAUCAGCACCGCCAAGGAGCUGGCACGGCACUACCUGCGCUUCGCCACCGAGCACCCGCACCAUGACCUCCUGGCCGCGGAGAACUUCUCCGUGCAGUUCACUGACCUCUUCCAGCAGUACUUCUGCCAUGAGGUGAAGGAGGGCUUUGCCAUGAACCAGCUCCACAUCCUGCCCGCCGGCCUGGCGCGGGAUUACCGGGAGACGCAUCGGCAGCACGUGGAUGCCUCCUUGGGCACAGUGGUGGCCACCAAAGCUGAGAUGGAGCCGGGUACCCGCCCUGAGCAGCCCAGCCGAGCCCCUGAGGCCACCCCAACAGGGCUGCGCAAAUCCUGGAGCUCGGAGGAGCUGGUGGGGCCAGCACGGCGACCGUUCUCACUCAGCCAGCUGCGCAGGAGCUGGCGCAGCCUUUUCCGACGCCGAUCCUCAGAUGCUCUCUCUGGGGAUGGGGACGGGGAGGUGGCACCAGAGGCAGCUCUCAAGCCAGGACUGGGCAAGCGCAUCCUGCCUUGGGGGCUGUCACGGGAGCAGCCCCCCGAGGUGCGCAAGGAGGGGAUCCUCAAGUAUGGACUACUGGAUGAGAGCUCCUUGGACAGUGGGACGCGCUGGCAGCGCUGUCGCCUGGUGCUGCGGCGAGCGGGGACACCUGACAGCGAGGAAUAUGUGCUGGAGCUCUUCGACCCUCCCAAGGGCUCGAAGCUGAAGCUGCACGCUGCCUGCUCUGCCAUCCAGGAGGUGCGCAGGUGCACACGCCUGGAGAUGCCUGACAACCUCCACACCUUCGUCCUCAAGGUCACCAAUGCCACUGACAUCGUGUUUGAGGUGGGGGACGAGCAGCAGCUCAACUCCUGGACGGCUGAGAUCCGGGAGUGCGCACACAGAGGGUCCGAUGUGGGUGACCCUGAGCUCCUGGCAUGUCGGCAUCCUGACCCUGCAGCCACCAGCCCCACCACCAGCACCGACACCCUCAGCCAAGGGGCAACACCGGGGUGCCCAGGGGAGGCGGCAGGGCCGAAGAUGGAGCAGUUCCUCUCCUCCUGCCCCUGGUUCCACGGACCCAUCUCCCGAGUGAAGGCGGCUCAGCUGGUGCAGCUGGGGGGGCUGGAGGGCCAUGGAGUCUUCCUGGUGCGGCAGAGCGAGACCCGGCGCGGCGAGUACGUGCUCACCUUCAACUUCCAGGGCAGAGCAAAGCACCUGCGGCUGGCGCUGACGGAGCGGGGCCAGUGCCGCGUCCAACAUCUCCGCUUCUCCUCCAUCGUGGAGAUGCUGCACCACUUCCACCGCUACCCCAUCCCGCUGGAGUGCGGUACAGCCUGUGACGUCCGGCUGUCCAGCUACGUCGUUGUCCUGCCUCAGCCCCAAGCUCCUGGCUCCAGCACCACGGUCCCUCUCCCCUUGCCCAUCCCCAGCUGGAGCCCUGAAUUCAGCCUCACCCCCACCAGUUCCUCCUGCCCUCAUGGCCAUGACGAGCCCCCCCCAUGUCCUCCUUCGGAGCAGAUCUUCCACCUGGUGCCACCCCCGGCCGAGCUGGCGCAGAGCCUGCGCCCGAGCAGGGCGGCUACGGCUGCCGGCGCCCGGCACCGCGAUUCGGACUACGAGGUGGAGGCACCGGGGCGGGGCCACGUCCGAGCCAUCGACAACCAGUACACGCCGCUCUGACGGGCACCGGGAUGCACUUUCAGGUGGAGAAAUCCUAGAGACCUUCCGGGUAUCCCAUCGAGAGAACGAAUGUACCUAAUCCCUUCUGGUUAGGGAUGAUUAUUCUAUUUUUGCAAGGAAGGGGGUAAUUUCUCACUCCAGUACGAGUGUGCUCCCUCCCUUCGGCCUGUUAAAGGGCCUUUUAGUUGUAUUUUCAGUUGUUGUUGUUAUCAAAGCUUUCUGGUUACUGUUUACACACACCGCUCGUGCCUGCAUCCGUGCCGAGCAUCGCGCCGUGGGGCUCGGUCUCCUGCCUACCCCUGACACGACAGCGUCCUUACAAUUGGAGAGAGGGAAAGAAAAAAAAAAGCAAACAACCCCACAAAAAACACCAAAAGAAAAAAGAA